AUGCUAAAGCAUUAGGGGUAAUUUUAAUACUAAUGCUUAACGCAUUAGUAUUAAUAAAUGCCAAUACUAAUUCUAAUGCACCACCCCUAAUCUACACCGUAAUUGUGUCACAUUUCAAUUGUAUAUGAAAAAAACUGCGACGCAGUUACACAUGGUUUCGAUGAAAAAAAUCGCAUUUGCGCGAAAUUACGAUUUUUUUUUCGUAAAUACAUGUAACUGCUGCGCAAAUUUUUCACAAUUAUGAGUCAUAUCAUUUGAAUUUCAGUUUUCAGCAAUAUUGAUUCCAAUAUUACUCAUUUUAACUAUUAUUAGUAAAUUCUGUGCGGAUAACCACUCACAUGUAUGAAACACGUGUCUAAUGAUGUAAAUAUACUCAGGAGAGUAUGAAAGGAAGUAAAUGCGACCGAUUCCUAUUAUCUAGAAUGAUAACUGAUUGACUGCGUAAUAGUUGAGUCUGCAUUAAUGAUUUAUUACUCUGUUAUUCUCAUUUAUACUUACCAAAAAAAACAUUUGAUGUCAUAAUGAAGCGGUAACAAACUACUUUUAAUAUGAAAGAACUACAACAAAUUAUAGUAAGACAAAUGGAUUAUUGACGAGUUCAAUUGAUUAUAUGAGAAGAUAAUAAAAUUCUUUUUUUCUGAUCCUAUCCAUUUCAAAAUAUAAUGUUCUCCCUUCUUUUUCGAAUAAAUUCUGAUAGAAACAUCAUCGAGACAUGAGCUUUUUACCAUUCAAGAGACAAGACCCGAGACCAUCAAAGUAUUUUGAGACUUAUUUAGUCAGCAAUUAACUAAUCAGCUGAGUUAUUGGCGAAGACUUUCGAAAAUUAUAUUCUGGAGCUAUUUAUCUUUCGAUUUAAGCUUUUAAUUGAACUACUCACUUGAAAAAAUUCUUAUUUAGCCAGCUUAUCUGUGAUCACCCAGAAAAGUAGCUAGACAGCGGUAAUUCUUCAUGCUAACAAGGAAACAUUCCCAGAUGAAGGAUCGCUUUUCAGCCGGAGUUUCGCGCAUCUUGUAGUCCAUAGUGAGCUAUAUCUAUGGUAAAAAUAUUUCGGAUUUCUGGCUUGUUUUUGAGAAGAUAUCGAACUUCUAGUGAAUUUUCUCUAUAGUACGCCCGCAUUGGCAGCAAAGCUAUACUUUCGAAUUUUGAUCUGAAACUUUGCCUGCAUAAAGGUCUCAGCUAGACUAGUUUGUAUAAAAAAUUUCAGAAGUUUUGAAUAAAGUCUCUCUAAGAUAUGAAACUAUCAAGGUAAAGUCCCUUUUUCAUAAAUAAUAUAUAGUAUGCAAUUUUUUCAAAGCUUCGUAUCUUGAACAGACUUUGUCCAACACUUUUAAAAAUUUUUAUGCAAACUAGUCUAGCUGAGGCCUUUAUGCAGGCAAAGUUUCAGAUCAAAAUUCGAAAGUAUAGCUUUGCUGCUAAUGUGGGCGUACUAUAGAGAAAAUUCACUAGAAGCUCAAUAUCUCCUCAGAAACAAGCCAGAAACCCGAAUUUUUUUUACCAUAGACAUAGCUCACGAUGGGCAACAAGAUGCGCGAAACUCCGGCUGAAAAGCGAUCCUUCACCUGGGAAUAUUCCCUUGUAAGUCUAACGAUGGUAUUUGUUUUUAGGUUCAAAAUGAUCUGACAUUUUUAUCUAAAUAUUUGUAGAAUUGCAUAGUCAGCCUCGAUACAACGAAGGAACCGAUAUUUCUGAAAUAUUGGCAUAACAGUAUCAAAAUCAUUUAGAAUUAAAGAACAAAUGUCAAAAGGUGACACAGCAUGAUGAAUCACUUGUGUCUAGCUUUUUUGAAGUAAUCACACGUUAAUUAGCUGAAAUCGUAAGUCUCAAGAAAAAUCUUCUAAAUCUCGAACGAAACAAGCUAGACGUAUCGACCUUGCUUAGAUCGAAAGAGAAGAAUUUUUCUAUCGAAAUACCUAAUAUUGCCCAUUUCAAAAAAAAAAAAGGUGGAUAGUUAUUUUUCGAAUAACUUUUGAUUAAAACAAGAUUGAGUACUUCGAUUUUCAUCGUUGGAAAGAGGAGAUAGUGACACAUCGAACUGUAUAUUAUAGAAUAAUUUGACCUGGUUUUUUUCAAGGACUUAGGCUGACUUUUUUGAAAAUCAACAUACUCCGUAAGAUGAGUAAAGUGACUUUUCGAUAACCAGGUGUGCAUUCGAACGGCUAAUGGAAGAUCCAUGAGAGUGCGCAAGGUCCAGACUUCUAGAUUUACUCGUUCAGGAGUUAUAGGUAUUCUAGUCGAAAUUUUGAGCCGAUUUUUCCAUUAAUUUCUAUGAAGAAAAUCGCUUCUUUGGAUUUUUCUUAUUUUAUGAGAAACCAAGUUUCUGGCACUUAUUUUUAGAAAAUAUCUUAGAAAAACCUAUAAUAUACGAUUCAAUGCGUCUUCAUCUCCUCUUUCCAACAGUGAAAAUCAUAGCUCUCUAUCUUACUUCUAUCAAAAGUUAUUCGAAAAAUCCAUGCUCACCUUUUGUUUUUGUUGACAUGGGCAAUAGAUCUCUAAAUCAAAAGGAAAAUACUUUUAGAAUAUUGUUUUUGAGAAUCUCCACUAAGAACUUACCCAAGUAGUCAAUAAUAGCUCAAUCAAGUUUUGAUGCAGCUAGAUGGCAUUUGAUCUUCUCUCUCGGGUAGUGAAAAAAACGCAGGUUUCAAUGAUUUUUCUAUUAAAAUUUAUUCGAAAAUAGUGUAACACAUUACAUUUUGAAAUGGAUCAUAGUUGUGAUUGCACAAAAUGAUAAUUGUUUUUUUGAAGAUAUGAAAAAAUUGAAUAUUUUUCGUAUGAAAAGUUUUUCCUUGUAAAAUUUCAUAAUUGUUUGACAUUAAAUAGGAUUCAAAUGGAAGGUCAAAAAAUGCUUGUCUUGUUCGUGAUAUUCCUGUUGAUUAUCUUGUUUCAAAUCAAGAAGGUUUUAGUAUUGUAUGGUUUAAUUCGAUGUUAACAGAAACAGAUAUUUCUGAUUUAUCAUUUACUCAUCUUCGUACUCUUAAUGAUUAUAUUUUAUUUUACACUCAGAAAUCUUUGUAUCUCGAAUAUUUAACUUCAAAACAAACGAGAAAUGAUCAUGUUAUUGUUAUAUUGGAUGAUAUUGAAGUUCUCAAUCAGACACAAAAUAGUGAACAAGUUCAGGCCAUUCUAUUGAUUAUGACUGAUUAUGAAAAAAACAAAAAUAUUAUAAUUGAACAAGAUUAUGAAAAACUUGUUGGUAUAUUUACUGAUCAAAGUUCAAUACUUGUUAAAUUACAACAAGUAAUUGUCGAUGUCGAACAUCAAGUUGCUCAAGAUGUUGGAAAUGUCUUUAGUACAUUUAAUCGACAAGAGAGAACUCUGAGAGAUGUGCGACAUGAAUUGGCUGUUUUCAUGUGGCGUCAAGUUUUUAAAAUUAUGGUGAAAACAAUGCCUCAUACACUCGAAGCUCGACAAGAAUUAAUUGAUCAAUGUCGUUUAUAUUACAAUGGAAAUAAAAGUCAACUGGCUAAAAUCGAUGAAUUUGAGCGUGACUAUAAUGCAACUGAUGCUGUUCGAUGGUAUACAAAAUCAUGCUUUUUAUUUCGCUCACUUAAUAAAGCUCUUCGUACUGAAGAUGUAGGAAAUCUGUAUAAAUUUCGAUAUUUUAUUAGUGAUCUAUGUACAAUUAUUGAAUCAGCUCAUGAUAAACGUAACAUAAAACAAGUCUAUCGUGGCUGCUACAUGAGCAAAGACGAAAUAGAAAAUUAUAAAGUUGGUACUAUUGUUUCAGCUAAUGGUUUUUUAUCAACAUCUCGUGAUUUACUUGUUGCUCAACUAUUUAUAGGAUUAGAUAUUAUAACAGGAAAGUCACCAAGCCAAAGUCGAGACGAUCAACAACAAUUUGUUCUUUUCAUAAUCAAUAUUGAUUGGGAUCAUUCACCAGAUAUUAAUAUGGCUGAUAUAAGUAUUCAAAGUAAUUUUCCGGAUGAAAACGAAGUUUUAUUUGAUAUAGGUACAACAUUUGAAAUAACUUCAAUUAAUUAUGAUUGUGAACAUUAUUUAUGGCACAUAGAAAUGCAACCAUCGAUGGAAGUUACUCAACAGAGUCGAGAAUAUGAACAUUACAUUCGUCAACGAUUGACAGAAACAAAAUCAACUUUACUUUUUGGCAUUUUACUAACCGAUAUGGGAGAAUAUGAACAAGCAGCCAAUUAUUGUCAACAUAUUUUAUCACAAAUGUCUGAUAAUCAUGAAGAUUUAGCAAAUGUAUAUUAUAGUGCAGCACGUAUUUAUCGUUUUACUGAUCAAUAUGAAAAAGCAUUGGAAUUUUUACGUCGUGCCGAACUUCUACAACGUGCAAGAUUACCUGAAUCAUAUUUUGAUUUAGCUCGAACUCUAGCUGGUAUUGCUAGUGUUUACUAUGAAUUACAAGACUAUCAACAAGAAUUAUUCUAUUAUCAACAAUCGAGAGAUAUUUAUCAAAAAAUCUUACCUGAGAAUCAUAUUGAAAUUGCUCGGACAUUUAAUCGUUUAGGAUUUGCUUAUGCAAAUCAAAAACAAUACACUUUAGCAUUGACAUAUUUAUCAAAAUCAUUAAUUGUUUUCAAUCAUACUGUACCAGAGGUUCAUCCAGACAAAGCUUUUCUAUUAUAUAAUACAGGUUUAGUACAUAAUUUAUUAGGACAUAUGGAUGAAUCAAUUGAUUUCUAUAAAAAAGCAUUGAAAAUGCGUGAGAUAACAUUACCACCUCAUCAUCAUUAUAUAGGUCAGUCAUGUUAUCAAUUAAGUCUUUUAUAUGAAUAA